UGUAUUGCGAGGUUGUGUCUAUCGAGGAGGGAUCGCUUGGUAUGAGGUGCGCGAAGAUAUCAUAUUUGACGAAAGAUUCAAGGAGACAAAAUAUUCAGUUGAUAUUGACAAAGAGAAAUGUAAUUUUGUUUGUAGCUGUCACAUGUUCGAGUUUAGGGGAAUAAUAUGCAGACAUAUCAUCACAGUAUUGAUUCGAGAUGGUAUCAGAUCACUUCUUGACAAGUAUAUCUUAAGGCGAUGGAGGAGAGAUGUCAGUAGAUCCUACACGAGAGUGAAGAUUAAUUAUGACGAUUGGAUUAGUACGCCUAGUCAGUUAAGAUAUGAUAAGUUGUGCAGUGUGUUUGCGAAGCUUGUAGACGUGGUUGCUGAUGAAGAAGAUAGUACCCAGAUAACUAUGGAGUGGAUGGAAUCUCAAUUGACUGCAUUGAGGAAAUCUAAUAUGAAGCCUAGUUGUGGUAGUAAUAUACAUGUUGAAAAUAGUGUGCAAGAACAAUUUCCUAAUUCUAGAGAGGCAACUAUAGCUUCAAGGGUGCAAAUUUUGGAUCCAAGAUGCUCGCAAACAAAUGGAGCCCCUAGGAAGCUUUGCAAGAAGGGCUCAUUGGAAACGAGUUCCAAGAAAGCAAAGAAUGUGCCAUUGGGAAGGAAUUCCAAGAAAGCGAAUGUGGGAUCCUCGAAAGUAAACGAAGGCAAUGCCCCGAUGCAAAACAUUGUUCAAGACAGUCAAGCAUUCAGUGAAGGUUUUACACAAGGACAGUUGUAACGUCUCAUUUCCUGAGCGCGUUAUAAGUUAGGACAAUUCUGAGAUAAUAAAUUUUUUCUAUUUAAAAUUACGAGUAAACCAUAUCAUUGCUCUUCAUAUCCAUUCCAAAAUUUUCAUACAUCUAUCUCGAAAGAGAAACAUCAUAAACAUUAAAUGCGGAAGCUAGAAUCGAGCCUAACAUCUUAACAUUAAUCAUAAAUCAAUUCUUACAUUCUCAUUAACCAUAAAUAAGCUUAUACAUCAUCAUUAACUAUAAAUGAGACUAUAUAUCAUCAUUCCUCAAAACGUUUAGAAUUCAAAAUAUCAAAACUUAAAUACAUGGGCUACAUAACAUAUAUUCAACUCAUCGUACAACUCAUCACGCACUUUGCUAAGUGCCAUUUUAUGUCUCAUUCAUUCUCGUUUCUGCUAUAAUCUCCAUCUGGAAGGUUUGAAUAUUCCAUGGGUAAAGUCCAAGUUAGAUGAUGAAUCAUCUAAAUAAGGGAACAAAAUAUUUAAUGCUCAUGUAUGUAUGCAAUGUACAUAAUAUCGUAACUCUCUGUUUGGGUCGAUCGCACCUUAAGAUUAUCUACCAUUUUUUACAGUCUCCCUGCUAGACCGGGGUGUAUGGGUGCACCCUUGGCAAAGCAACGACGCUAGCACCUAAUCCCAAAUCCAUGCAACGUAUGAUCGUGAAUCUCAUCAUGCUCAUAUGCGUAUUUCAUCAUUAACACAUGUAAAUGCAAUUUACAUGACAUACUCACAUCAAGGCAUGACAAUAUGAAAAAAUUAUUUACAUAAAAUCAGGUUUUUUGGGUCAAACCACUUACAAUCAAGUAUUUUCAUAAAACUAAAUCCAGUUGGGAAGUACCACUUACCUUGCAAAAAGAUAAUUUUACCCUUAACACAAUUUUGCCUCAAAUUCUCAUCGGAUUUCCAAUCGUACUCAAUUAGGAAUCUUGACGUACCCUAGGCAUCAUAAUUACUUAAAAAAAUCAUAUUUCUAAUUUUUUCUAAUUUUCUUAAUUUCUCCCAUUUCCUCCUAUUAUUUCCUCAAGAUUAUGAAAUAAAUACUUUCUCAUAAAAUUUUCUCAAUUUCUUUUCACAAUAAUUCCUAAAAUAAUAUUCCUAAGCCCCAGAAAUUUUCUCAUAAUUUUCAGAAUCCAUAUUUUAUUUAUUUCUCAUUUUCUCUUUGAUUUUCAAGUAUCUAUUGCCUCAAAAAUCCAUAAUAAAUAUCAAUCAUGCAUUUCUCUUCCAAUUUCAUCAUCAACAAUUCUAAAAUAUCAUUCUCAUAUUUCUGAA